GAUGCAUCAGUGUACAUUUUACAUCCCUAGCGCUCGCUCGUUUGCAAGAAGACGGUUCGUCAUUAUAUUUGCAUUUCUUUGUUUAAAGUCCAGCAAUUAUUUAAAACGCCCUCGGCCUGAAGGACUACGACCAACUGAAAAGAGCCGCUCAAGUACCCAGAGGACACCACCAAAAUGGCUGUAAACGUGUACUCCACAAAUGUGACGUCAGAGAAUCUGUCGCGCCACGACAUGCUGUCCUGGGUCAACGAUUGCCUCCAGUCGCAGUUCUCAAAAAUCGAGGAGCUCUGCACGGGUGCCGCAUACUGCCAGUUCAUGGACAUGCUGUUCCCCAAUUCAGUGCCCGUUAAGCGUGUCAAAUUUCGUACAAAUCUGGAGCACGAGUACAUACAGAACUUCAAGAUAUUGCAGGCGGGCUUCAAAAAGAUGUCUGUGGAUAAGAUCAUACCAGUUGACAAACUGAUUAAGGGCCGCUUUCAAGACAACUUCGAGUUCCUCCAGUGGUUUAAGAAGUUCUUCGACGCCAAUUACGACGGUCGCGAGUACGACCCGGUGGCGCAGCGGUCCGGAGUCAAGCUGGGCAAUGGCAACGGACACGGCAGCAACGGAGGCAGUGGCGUGGGCAGUAGCAACAACGAUCUCCACCUGAUGCACCGCCGGCCAAUGCAGGCGCCAGCCGGAAGCAGCCGCAUGGCACCACGAGUCAUCGCUCAGAAUGCUACGGCAGUCUCCAAGGUGCUGCCACGCACGAACAACGCUGCCCCGGCCAGCAGAAUAAAUGCCGGAGCCAACAGCACGGGCACGGUCAAGAAGAACGACGCGGGCAACGCGGUCAACAAUCAGCAGAUCGAGGAGAUGUCCAACCAGGUCAUGGACAUGCGUAUUAACCUCGAGGGAUUGGAAAAGGAGCGUGACUUUUACUUCUCCAAGUUGCGGGACAUUGAAAUUCUUUGCCAAGAAGCUGAUGACGGCGAGGCGCAUCCGCUCAUUCAGAAGAUAUUGGACAUUCUAUAUGCGACUGAGGUAGGACAUGAUGGCUUUGCGCCGCCAGACGAUGCACCACCAGAGGACGAGGAGUAUUAAUUUAAGACGAGAAAAGCAAAAACCAACCCACGAAAUUCAUUUGCUGCAUACAUAUUCAAAACAUAGGUCAAGAAGCAAGAUGAAGGGGACAAAAAUAAAGUUUAUUAAUUAGACAGGAAGCAAGGAGACGUUGUGCAAACAAGAAGACUUACGAGUGCGUAAAGUGUUUAAUUCCCAAAGCCCAGGUUGACAACAGGAGCGCCAAGUGAUCAAAUCGUUAUUCCUCUUCUCAUUUCUUUGAUUUAAAAAUGAAGCUGAUAAAAUUGUCGAGUCCGGGAAUUAUUUUUAUAUUAUGCAGAUCUUUAGAUUAAAAAUUAUGCCCGCGAACGUUAUCCUGCGUCCUGCUGUUGCCGAUGAGUGUGAACAUCAUUACCAAUCAUUUCAUAUGUAAUUUGUUUGUAUUUUAGCGGAAUAAACGAAACCUAAAUCUCACACUAUCUAAUAGAAAGCCAGACGUCACUUUUCAAAAUUCUUUGUUACGUACGCAAAGACCUAUUUAAGAAAAUUGUUUCAAAAUCUCGGAUUAGUUUGUCUUUGUAUCAUACGCUUUACACAACCACAACCAAUUUAAUACAUUUAUAUUUUUUCGUAUAAGUUGAACUUUUGCAUUUGCUGACUUUAAACGUUUUGAGUGUUGUAUGUAGUGGAUCAAAUGAGCCUAAUUUGUAAAAUCUGCAAAAAUAUUUAACAAUGAGAUGGCAUUCAUCAAACUGUAACUCGUUCUUUCAAUUUCUAUUUUUAAAUAAUUGGCUUCAUAACAAAAUGAUUAUAUAAAAUAAGUGAUUUUUGCUCUCGAUUUUUUUAAGUUCUAUAUUUAUGUGUAAAAACAGGUAGAGCUCGUUAAAAAGUUUGAAUAAAAGCGAACAUCUUUCUAUUUUCUAAA